ACCGGCGGCACCGCGUCCGACACAAAAGUCCGGGCGGUGGUGCAGCGUUCAAUGUCCGAGUUUAAAUACACUGUUGUUGUUGUUGUUGUUGUUUUUUAAACCUAUAAUUUUUUAAUAAUGGGAACUGAGACUCCUCUUUGGAAGCGUGUACAAGUGUUUACCGGCCCCGUUCCUCGAGCUAGACAUGGACACCGAGCGGUGGCCAUACGGGAACUGAUCGUGGUGUUUGGAGGUGGAAAUGAGGGAAUAGCGGAGGAGCUACAUGUUUAUAACACUGUCUCCCGACAGUGGUUUCUGCCUGCGGUGAGAGGCGACAUCCCUCCUGGCUGUGCUGCACAUGGGUUUGUGUGUGAAGGCACGCGCAUCCUGGUGUUUGGAGGAAUGGUGGAAUUUGGACAAUACAGCAACAGUCUCUAUGAGCUGCAGGCCAGUCGCUGGCUGUGGAAAAAGCUGAAGCCACGGCCACCGAAGAACGCUUCGCCCCCUUGCCCCCGCCUGGGACACAGCUUCACUCUCCAUGGCAACAAGUGCUACCUGUUUGGAGGGCUGGCCAAUGACAGUGAAGAUCCAAACGGCAACGUGCCUCGAUAUUUGGAUGAUUUCUAUGAGCUGGAGCUACAAACACAGUCAGGAGUCAAAGGCUGGAUUAUCCCUGAAACAAAAGGAGGUGGUCCAUCACCCAGGGAGUCUCACACAUGCGUAGUGUACAGUGGAAAGAGCGGCAGCUCCCCGAAGCUUUACAUUUUUGGGGGCAUGUGUGGGAAUAGACUAGGAGACCUGUGGCAGCUAGAUAUUGACACUAUGACCUGGUCAUUACCUAAAACUUCAGGACCUUGCCCUUUACCAAGAAGUCAACACUCUUCAAAUGUGAUUGGAAACCAAAUGUACCUAUUUGGUGGCUGGGUUCCUGCAGAGCAGAAGAACGCUGUAGGAGCAGAAUGGAUCUGUAGUAACUCUUUGUUUGCAUUAAACCUUGACACAAUGACGUGGAAUCCUCUGAACUCUGAGAGCCACCAGCAACAGCAGUUAGGUACAACUAUACGUGAGAAGGAGGAGGAGGAAGAAAAGGGUGGAAUCUGCUGGCCAAAAGCUCGCACCGGUCACUGCGCUGUAGCCAUCGGGACACGCCUGUACAUCUGGAGCGGACGAGACGGCUAUAAGAAAAGUCGGAACUACCAAGUGUGCUUCAAAGACCUGUGGUAUUUGGAAACAGAGAAGCCAGCUACGCCAGCCGCUGUGUUUUUGGUCAAGUCCACUGUCAACAUGCUGCAUGUGGCUUGGCAUCCUUUACCUGCAGCUGACUGCUACCUGCUUCAGUUGCAGUACGUUGCUCCUCCCUCAGCGCCACAAACCUCUGAUUUGCCGACUACCCCAACCUCACCCACCGGUCUCACAGAGGGGGAGAAGCCGCUAAAGAGACCCAAUCAUACACAAUCUGAGCCGUGUCCAGGAGGUGAAGAUGGAAGCCACAAGAACACAACACUACAGGAGACACCUGGAGGUGGUGAAGCCGGAGCAGAGAGCACGGAUAAACAGAACGAAUUAGAAUUCAAUCCUGUAACUGUCACCAACGAGGGUGACUCUGAAAAAAAGCAGCAGGCGGCCUCUUUGAGACCUGUGGCGGAGGAAGCCAGUAAGCAGAAUGGGACUAAAUCUCAGCAACUGCAAGAACGUGAUAAUCUAUCGAACCCUUCGGGACAGUGUGAAAGAACUAAAUUCUCUGCGUGGUUCGAUGUUGGUAUAUUUAAAACACUCUUCGCUGAAGUCACACACUACUAUUUACCCUCUGAGAAUGGAAGCAAUGACCAAAUCUCGAGUGACCGUGAGUGGACGAUGCCAGGUCCUCACAGCUUUGAAGGAUGGGAAAAGAAGGAUCUCACACCUAAUGUUACCUACAGGUUCAGAGUGGCAGGCAUAAACUGCUGUGGUCGAGGAGACUUCAGUCCGAUUGGUGAAUUUAAGACGUGCCAUCCAGGAUUCCCAGAAGCCCCUCCUGCUGUCAAAAUCACCAAGGCAUCUGAUUCAGUACACAUCACAUGGGAGUCACCCUCCAACACGUCAGGGAAAAUUCAGGAAUAUUCCAUGUAUCUGGCAGUGAAGAAGACGCGAGGAAACACCUCGGAGAAGCCGGGAGAUUUAACUUUUAUACGCAUUUAUCGUGGUGCCAAAACCUCAUGUACAGUGAACGCUGCAAAUCUGAGUAACGCAUACAUCGACUGCUCGGCUCGACCGGCCAUCGUGUUCCGCAUCGCCGCAAAGAAUGAACGUGGUUAUGGGCCUGCCACUCAGAUCCGCUGGUUACAAGAGAACAAUAAAAUCAAAUCAACAUUAAAACCAGACUCCAGCCCUACCAACCCUGAGCCAGACGACAUUAUUAGCUCCUGACGACAGCAGAGGAACUGCUCUCUGUGCUGCUGGGCCUGUUUUCACAGGAGCCGUAUGGUGUUUGAUGUGUUUUCUAACUUAUUUUUUUUAUAUUGUUGAUAAUUGUACAUAAACAUUUAACUAUUAUUUUUUUACUAAUUAGUAUUUUAGCUAGCUAGUGUUCGUUUCCAAAGCAUUUUGCAUUGGACCUCGUGUGGACGGAUGAACUUUUAUCAAAUAAUUUCAUGAAAACAAACAAUCUGAAGACAAACCCUUUAACCUGGUAUAUUGUCAUAAUGCAAGAUAAUACCAAAAGCUAUUAAUGGUUCAAAACAUUUCAUUUUAUCCUCUGUGAAAUGUCGUGUUUUUAGGGGCCAAAUGUUUUAGUUUGAAAUGUUAGACUCCUCCAAAACCCCUGCACUUGAAAGUAUCUGCAGAAGCAGUUGAUUAAUUUUCUUGCACGUAAACACACAACCUCCACAUAAAAUGUUUACAUUUAACAGCUGUGUAUGGAAUCUCUAGGGUCAGUGUUUAUUAUAGACAGUGCUUAGUGUCAUUUAAUUUUUGUACACAGGAAGGUCUUCGGAACAAAGCUGGGUGUAUUAUUUCAUCUUACUAGGUUUUAAAGAGGGAAAAAGAACAAGUGAUACUAGUAACUAACAUUCUUCAUUGCUGUUCCACGUUAAGUGUAUAAAGCAAUAAGAAUGAUGAUUUUGCUUUAAAAGAAUGAAAAUGUCAGCUUUAGGGUGGUAUAAUGGACUUCUGUCUAAGGUGUACGUUUGGUUCAAAUGUCAAACAAAUUCAUGACUUGUUUAACUUCAUGCAAACAUGUUCUUUCAAAUGUAAACUUUUUAAUAAUACGAUUAUCCAA